AUGCAGCCGGAACGGGAGGACACUUUGGAAGCGCGAUACGCUAUAAAAUUUUGCGUUAAACUCGGAAAGAACGCUACGCUGACUUAUGGACUGCUUCAGACUGCUUAUGGAUUAACUUGCAUGGGCAGAGCAUCCGUGUUUCGUUGGCACAAAAAGUUUAAGGGCGGCAGAGAGUCUACAAUAAGUGAACCGUUUGAAGUCAUUGUGGGAACUGUGCACAAAAUUAUUCAUGAUGAAAUGAACAUGCGAAAGAUUUGCGUGAAGUCUGUCCCAAGGGUGCUUAGUGACGAACAGAAGGAAAGACGUGUUAGCGACAGCAGGGAGAUGGUCGAGCUUAUCAAUUCAGAUUCAAGAGUACUCAUGGCUCUGGUGACCUGUGAUGAAAGCUGGAUCUACUGCUGUGACCCGGAACCAUGA